GUGCCGGCCGCUCACGUCAUUGUUAUGUCUCCGCGGCUCCGCCGGGGCGGGGACAGCGACAGCGGCGGGCUGGAGGCGGGGGGGCCGCGGCCCCGCUCCCCUGACAGCCCCCGCUCCCCUCCCUCCCUCCCUGCCCGGCCCGGCCUCCGGCUCGGCGCUCCCGGGAAGAUGUGGGUGAAGCUGUGCUGUUUGCUGCUCUACUUCCUGGCGCUCUUCGUGCUCGCCCGGGUGUUCGAGGCCGUGGCGUGGUACGAGAGCGGCUUCCUCGCCACGCAGCUGGUGGACCCGGUGGCGCUGAGCUUCAGGAAGCUGCGGACCAUCCUGGAGUGCCGCGGGCUGGGGCACUCGGGGCUGCCCGAGAAGAAGGAUGUGCGGGAGCUGGUGGAGAAGUCAGGAGACCUCAUGGAAGGAGAGCUUUAUUCAGCUCUCAAGGAGGAAGAGGCCUCUGAAUCGGUUUCCAGUACAAACUUUAGUGGUGAAAUGCACUUCUAUGAGCUUGUAGAAGACACAAAAGAUGGGAUCUGGCUGGUACAGGUCAUAGCAAAUGACAGAAGCCCACUGGUGGGUAAAGUCCAUUGGGAGAAAAUGGUGAAGAAAGUGUCAAGAUUCGGAAUACGUACCGGCACUUUUAACUGUUCCAGUGACCCCAGAUACUGCAAGAGGAGGGGUUGGCUGAAAUCCACCCUCAUCAUGUCGGUUCCACAAACCAGUACCUCCAAGGGAAAAGUCAUGAUUAAGGAGUACAGCGGGCACAGGAUCGAAGUGGAGCACAUUUUCAAGUGGAUCACAGCCCACGCCGCUUCUCGGAUCAAAACCAUCUACAACUCCGAGCACUUGAAAGAAGAAUGGAACAAAAGUGACCAGUACCGGGUGAAAAUAUACCUGUUUGCCAACCUGGACCAGCCCCCGGCGUUCUUCUCUGCACUAAGUGUAAAGUUUACUGGGAGAGUAGAGUUUAUUUUUGUGAACGUGGAAAACUGGGACAACAAAAGCUACAUGGCAGAAAUUGGUGUCUACAAGAUGCCAUCGUACAUACUUAGGACUCCUGAGGGGAUUUACAGGUAUGGGAAUAACACUGGUGAAUUUAUAUCACUACGUGCCAUGGAUUCCUUUUUGCGCUCGCUACAACCAGAAGUUAACGAUUUAUUUGUUUUAAGCUUAGUUUUGGUUAAUCUGAUGGCUUGGAUGGACCUGUUUAUUACCCAAGGAGCCACUAUAAAGCGUUUUGUGGUUCUCAUAAGCACUUUAGGGACGUAUAAUUCACUGUUAAUUAUUUCCUGGCUACCAGUGUUAGGUUUUUUGCAACUACCCUACCUAGACAGCUUUUAUGAGUACAGCUUAAAACUCUUCAGGUACUCUAACACAACUACUUUGGCUUCUUGGGUAAGAGCCGAUUGGAUGUUCUACUCCUCACAUCCAGCCCUCUUCCUCAGCACAUACCUUGGUCAUGGUUUACUAAUCGAUUACUUUGAGAAGAAGAGAAGACGCAAUAACAACACCGAUGAAGUAAAUGCUAAUAAUCUUGAGUGGCUGUCGAGCCUGUGGGACUGGUACACCAGCUACUUGUUUCAUCCUAUUGCUUCUUUUCAACACUUCCCUUUCGACUCAGAUUGGGAUGAAGACCCAGAUUUGUUCUUAGAGCGGUUGGCUUUCCCCGAUCUCUGGCUUCACCCUCUGAUACCAACCGAUUACAUAAAAAACUUACCCAUGUGGAGGUUUAAAUGCCUCGGCACCCAUUCCGAUGAGGAGAUGCUGGAAACCUUUCCGGACAGCGAGAGUGACUCUGACAGUGAAAACAAAGAGGUCUUCAGCAGCGACAGGGAGGCCUCGGAGGACGAUGAGCUGAGCACGUUUCACAGGUGCAGCGAAGCAGAGCAUCGGUGCGGCGCUGGGCCCUGCCCGUGUGCCAACAAAUAUUGUCAUCCCGAGCCAUGCGGACGGAAAGCGAGGUCCUACGGCUCGUGCAGCUCCGCAGGCGACAUGGAGCCAGACUGGUCGGCCUGGCCCCCCGAGAUGUUGCACUGUACAGAGUGUGUGGUGUGUCUAGAGAAUUUCGCGAGCGGCUGCCUGCUCAUGGGCCUGCCGUGCGGCCACGUGUUCCACCAGAAUUGCAUCGUGAUGUGGCUGGCGGGGGGGCGGCACUGCUGCCCCGUCUGCAGGUGGGCUUCCUACAAGAAAAAGCAGCCAUACACACACCCUCAGCCUUUGUCGAGCGACCCCCCAUCUUAGCUGUGUGUCCUGCGUAAGCUUUCGGGGUAUUACUGCUUGCCUUUUAAAUGUUAGUCACUUAAGAGAUUAUGUGGUUUGAAGUUUUUAGUUUAAAUGUUAGUGCAGUGAACUAAAAUAUACAUGAUGCUAACGUUAACGACAGAAUCAUUUGGUUGCCUUGUAUGUUGAACUGAAUGCAAACUUGCCGUACAAUAACUUGUUCUUUUCAACAUCUGGAAACUUGAUGCUGUUUUUUUGUAAGCACAAAAAAAAUCAAGCCUACAACAGAAGUGUAUUCCAGCAAACGUUUACAAGUUAGGAUGUAGGUGAAAUCAAAAUUCUAAUCGGAGACAAUUGCUUAAUUUAAGUGUUUCUUAUUUUAGAGUCUGUUCAGCACAUCUUUGUUGAAUAAUGUAUGUUGUAAGACAGUACCAUUUAAAAAAGAAAUCAGUGAAAUAAAUUAUUUUAAAAGGAGAUUUGUAAUGUUAAUUGUUUUGAUAAAUAUUUUGUGUGUAUGGUUACGGAUGUCUUGCUGGCCUGAUUUAUCUGUGAAGAUAAUAAAAAUAUAACACAA